AUGUAAGAAGAAUAAAAACUUUAUUCAAUUAUAUUUCCUGAUUCGAACUUGUAAUCUAUAAAUCAAGUACCGUUUUUCAUAAGAGAUUACGAAAUAAAUAGAAAACAAAUUUAUAGCUCAGCAUUUUCAAAUGAAUUGUUAAUUUUAGGACAUUAUGUAACUUAUUUAAAUUGAGAAUAAUUAGAGUUGUAUUUCGAUAAUAGAUGUAGUGACUAGAAACUACAUAGUAUAAUAUAUGAAUUUGAAUAAUUAAGGAUGUAUAGUAACUGCAGCUGCAAUAGGAUAUUAUAACAAUUAUAUAUUGAUAGGUACAUAGAAGGGUAGAUUAGAAAUGCUAUAAUUAUGUAAUUCAAUAAAAUAAUUUGAUAUUCUAAAAUAGAUUGAGAUAAUAAAAUUUAGUACAUGUUAGAUUUAGAAUAUAUUUUUAACAAAUGGAGAUUUGGCAAUAAUAAUUGAUUUAAAAAGCAUAAAAUGUUUAUAUACAAAUUAGUUGACAUAGAUGGUUUAAAAGUAAAAAAAAGAAGAAAGCAACAAAUAUUAAUUAUUAUAAUAAGAUAUUGAAACAAUAACUGAAUAAUUUGAAGUUGGAAUAAGUGCAAGUGCUUAUUGUCAUGAGACAAAUCAAUUAGUAAUUUCAUUAGGAGAUAGUUCUUUAAUUGUAUAUACAUUUAUAGGAGAAGACAUAAACUCUAAUUUAAGGAAUUCAAAAACUUAUGUGAUUGAACCCUUUGAAAUAAUAAAUAAACUUACAAUCAGUAAUGAUGGUAGAUUAUUGGCUAUAGCUUAAUGUAGAAUGAUAAAUGGUUUAGAAUAUAAAAUUAGUAUAGUGGAUUUAAAUAGAAAAGGAAAGGUAAUUAAAAAAUAUUAAUAUUAUGAUGGAGCUGAGGUAUUUGAUAUGAAAUUCUUUCCUAUUUAAAAUAAAUUAUAUGUUGUAAUAAAUACAGGAUAACUAUUUGUUAUUGAUAUAGAUUAAAAUAAUGAUGAAAGAUUGAAUAUAUCUAAUUUAGGUGAUGUUUCUAAAUCAAUUUAUCCAUUAAGUUAAUAUUAAGAAUUUCCUAAUUUAUUAUAGAUUUCAGAAAAUGGAUUAAUUUAAAUUAUUUCUUUUGAUACAUAAAAAAUUGAUCAUUUAAUUUAAAUGCCAUUUCUUUAUUUUAUUGAAUUAAAAUUAUAAGAAAUGUUUAAUUAUAAACCAUUAUUGUAAUAAUUUUUUUAAUCAUCCUUUUAUAUUGGAUUUUCAGGUAUAGAUAAGAAAACUUAAUCUAAUUAAUAAAUCAUGUUAAAUGGAGAAUAAUAUUUUGAACCAUUAUAUGAUGGUAUUUUAAAAAUGAGUGAAUUUAGAGAAUUUUAUAAAACAGAAUUUUAAGAAAGAUUAAAACAUAGAAGAAAGAAAUAUGAAUUAAGAAUAUAAAUAUUAGCUUGGUCACUUAAUAGUAUUAAAUAAAAUUCUAUACCUUAAUCUUUUGGAAUGGGUAUACCAUAAUAAUUAGAUUUAAAAAAAAAUGAAAGUGAAAAAUAAGAUUAUAGAAAACAUUCAAAAUAGAAAAAAAAGAAAUAAUUUAUGAAAAUUGAAUAAUUCUUUGAUACUACUUAAGAUUCAGAUAAUAAAAUGUUUUUAUAUUUAAGUGAUCUUGCUGAUGCUUAUCUCAGAUAAUAUAAUGAUAUGAAACUUAGUGAUGAUAGAUAUUUAAUGAUUUCCAAACUCUUAUAAAAUAUACCAUAUUAAAAUUUAACCAUGAUGCUUCUAGGUAAUUGCUCUUUAUUAUUUGAUGUCAAACUUCCAUUUAAAGAUUAUAUGAUUGAUUUAAUCAAUAAAGUUGAUAGAUUAAGUUAUUUAGAUCUUAGUAAUAAUAAUAUUACUUUUGAAGAUAUCAAAAAGAUUACUCGUCUAAAUUAAUUGAAAUAUUUAGAUUUAUCAAGUAAUCAUCUUGGUAAUCAAUCUAAAAAACCAAUGAUGAAAUAAAAAAUGAGAUAUUAAAAUUUAGAAAUGGUUAAUGAUGAAGAAUAAUAAUUAAUCUCUGAAGAAGAUUUCUCAUUUUAUAAAUUACUUUUUUAAAAAAUUCCUAUUAUUAAUCUUAGAAACAAUUAAUUCACUGAUGAAGAGGGAUGCAAAUUAUUAAAGACUCUUGAAAAUAAUGAAGAUUUAAGAGUUUUAGAUAUAUCUGGAAAUUAAUUAUUUAAAGAAUAAACUAAAUCUUAACUAGAAAUAUUAAUUAAAAAUAAAAAUCUAAUUAUGAAGAAUACUCAAACCUUAAUUAUUGAGUUUUCUGAAGAAUUAUCAGAAACUGCUAUGAAAUUCUUUACUAAAUAAAUUAUUGAGAAAUUUACUAUUCAACAAUCUGAAGAAUAAAAAUAAGCUAGAUUUUCUGAUAUAGAAAUGCCUGAAAACUUAGUAAAUGAGGAGUUACCAAUGAAUUUCUAUUUAUAUAUUGUAAACUCUAAUUAGAAUUACUAUUGGGAUUAAUCUCUAUUAUAAUUGUAUGAAAGAUAUGAUGAAGGAGAAGUAGAUGAAAUCAAAACAUGCUUUGUAUAUAUUAUAUUAUUAUUUAUAGUGUUCAUUUAUAAUGAUAUACAUCAAAAUGUGUUUCGAUGUAUUUGAUGUAAUUUAAAAAAACUUUAUUGAAUGUUUAAAACAAUGCUUUUGCUCAGUAUUUUUUAUUAAAAAAUACAUCUUAUGUUGUUAUUGUGUAUUUUUAUAAAGUAAUUAUGGAUCAUUCAUCACUCAUCUAUUAGGUAUUAAAACAGCUGAUUAUGAAUAUAACAACAAAAAAGAUGAUCUUAAAAAGCAUCUUGAAAAUAGUAAGUAUCCACUAAAUAUAAUAUUUUGGAUUAACUUUUUAGCAUUUUAUUUUAUUUGUGUAUUUGUACCUAUAUAUUUUGUACUUGCUUGUUAAGGUCAUUAAUGGACAGGACAUUUUAUAUAUUGUGGUUAUGCAUUUGCUGUUUGCAUAUUGGAACUAAGAUUAGCUAAAACUUGUAUUGAUCAUUAAAUUACUCAUUCUGAAUUUUCUAGUGGUCCAUACUGGAAGAGAAUAAUGUUUUUUGUAAUAAUAUAUAUAAUAUAAAUUUAGAGUAAAGAUUUACUGUUGAGUCAAAUGGCUAAAUUUGAUGUAUAUUCUGAUAUUUGUUUUAUUACAACUGUAAUGACUUGUGGGGAUAAUCCAGCUAUUGGAUAUUGUGCAAUAAUAAUUAUGUUUUUAACAUUGUCUACAACGAUGUUUCAUAUUUUAAGUUUGUUAUUAUCUAGAUAAGAUGGUGAUGAAAAUUAUAUUGAUUAUUUAUGUAAUUAUUGUUCUUUUGUUGAAAUACAUUUAGUAGGUUCAUUAUUAGAAAAAUGGACAAUUUAAAAUACAACAAACUUUUUAUGGAUGAAAGGUAUUCCAAACAGAGUUUAUGCAGCAACAUUUAGAACAUUUGCAGAAGACUUUCCAUAAUUUUUAUUAUAAGUAAUUUACUUAUUUUUAAAUCCAAAUAAAAAAUCAAUAGAAAUUUUAAUGCUUUCUUUAGCAUCAUCAACAAUAUCAAUAAUAAUAUCAAUAACAAAAUCAUUAACUAUAACUAAAGCUAAUAGAAUUAAUGAUAUAAUAAUGAUGAAUGAAGUAAAGACAAAGUUAGGUUUACAUAAAGAAGUAACAGAUCCUAAAUUAAAUGAAGAAUUAAUUUAAUUUUUACAUGAUUAUUAUUAGAAUUUUGAUGGAGAAGAACAUGUUCAAAUAUUAUAAUAUGGAAUGGUUGAUAAUAAAUAUUUAAGAAAACCUUUGGAAAAUACUACUAAUAUAAGAACAGUAAAAGGAUAGAAAUAAACAAUCAAAAUAAUGAAAGGAAUAUCUAUGUUAGUUGAAUAAUAAUAAUAAUAAUAAUAAUAAUCAUAAAAAGCAUAACCAAUAAUCAAAAAUCCAACUUAAGCAUUAGAUUAUGAGAAAUUGGAUUUUUUUGAACCAUAUUUAUUUUUGAUGAAUAGCAAUUAAGCAAAAUUAAUUUAGAAAUUAUAUCAAAGAGGGUAAGAAAUGAUUCCUGAAAUAGCAUAAGUACUAUUAGAAUUGGAAAUACAAGAUUAUGUAGAUAAUGUUCCUUCAUUUUAAAAUGAAUAUGAAAAAUUUGAUUUUUUUGAGGGUAGUUUUAUUGAAAGUUUUGAAGUUUAAAUAAAAAUCUUAGAAACAAUAUAUAGAUAUGUUAAAAUAGAUAUAAAUAAAGAAUUAUCUAUUUUAGAUAUUGGUUGUGGUACUGGAUUUACAGGAACAGCUAUAUUAAAAUUAUUAGAAAAAUUAAAACCAAAAGGAACAUUUAAAAUUUUAUGUGUUGAUCAUAUUCCAUAAAUAAUAGAGAGAGCAAAAAAUGUAAUAGAAAUGGGAUUUGAAGAUUUCUUAUAAAAUAAAAUAAUUUAAUUUGAAAAUUAUGAUUGUAGAAAUUCUUUGAUGUAAUUUGGAUAAUUUGAUAUAGUAAAUUAUGGUUUUGCUGUUUAUUAAGCUGAAAAUAUAUUAGUAAAAUAGGAUGGUAUGGCUAUAAUACCAAAAAUAGUAUUAACACCUUAAGAACAUGAAUUUUAUGCUUUAUAUAGAUAUAAUGAUAAAGAAGAUGAAUUAAUAAAUUUAAAUUUAGAAGCUUAAUCAGGAUAAUUAGUAGCAAAAGAACUUUAAUAUCCAGAUCUAUAUUAAUGUAUAUAUAUAUAAUUGUUAAUAAUUAGAUUUUGAAAUAAAGAGAGGAGAAUAAUGUAGUAUAUGUGGUUAAUAAAUAAUGAAAUAAAGUUAAUUUUAUUCUCCAUGGUUAUGUAAACAUUACUGCAUUGAAUGUGGUUAAAAGGAUGAUGAUAAAACAGAAUUAUCAGAAUUUACAAUAUUAAGUAAUUUAGUAUUUAUUCCAUCAUGUUCAAGUGAUGAGGAAAUGAAUAGAUUAAGUUCAUAUAAAUUUGGACAUAACCUAUUCCCUAAAAAGAAUUAAUAACUUAAUAAAUAUCAUCCCAUAGAUUGUCAUCCAUGUUAAAGAGAGAAAGGAGAAGAAAGAGAUUUUGAUCCAUUACCUAGAUAUAUAUGUUUAAAUUGUAGACCUGGUAAAUUUGAUGGAUAGCAUGUUGAUAUAUGUUAUGAAUGUGCUAAAUGUUUUAUUGAUGAUGAAAUGGAAAAUGAAAGAGAUCUUAAGUUAUACUAUUUAUCAGGACAUUAAUCAAGCCAUUUAUUAUUGAAAAUCCAUUUUUAUUAUGAUUAUAAUAAUUAUUGA